GAACUGGGUCGGUUUGGAAAUUAAAUCAAACGGAGGGAAAAACGGCCAAACGUGGGAGCAACGACGCGCAAAAAGAGGCUCGAAUCUUCUGCUUCCACUUCCUGGCACAUGGAGGAGUAGCUGUUGGACGAGGCAGAGAUAGAGGGAUGAAGAUGCUCUCCACGUUCCCCCUGGCCCUCCUCAUCCAUCCUUUUAACUGAAUUUAGAGUUUAGCUGGGUUUUUUUUAGACCGUAAAACAGUUAGUCACACUCAUCUUUUUAUUAUUGCUCACUGCAGGCACAUUUAUUGGCAUCUUGGCACAACACUUGCUAACACUUUUUAUAGACACACAGUAUUAGUUAUUGAAAUCAUGGCAAACAUGUGCCCAUAUGGCCGCUUCACCCACGCCGUGGUGCGGGGCAUCCCAGAGACCUUUGGGAAAGCGCCAGGAGACGAUCGUGAGAACGGGGAGACCUCUGUGGACCUGGCUAAAGCUCAGCGCCAGUUCGGAUGCCUGACAGGAGCCCUGAGGCAGAAGGUGGGCCUGCAGCUGAUCGAGAUCCCCCCCGACCCCGAUUUGUCAGAGAGCUGGAGGAUAGAGGAUGUGGCAGUUAUCCAGGGAGACACGGCGCUCAUCACCCGGCCCUUCAAACAGCAGAGACGCAGCGAGGUGGAGGCGGUGAGGAGGGUGGUGUCAGAGCUGAACCUGACCGUAGUGGAGAUGGGGGCCGAGGAGGGGGAUUCUGGAGGGGCCACGCUGGAGGGCAGCGACGUCCUCUUCACGGGGAGGGAGUUCUUUGUCGGCAUCUCCUCCCACACCAACCACAGAGGGGCGGAAGUGCUGGCAGACACUUUCAGGGACUUUGCUGUGUCCACCGUCCCUGUCUGUGGUGGAGCGCGACUGAAAAACAUCUGCUCCAUGGGAGGCCCAGACACCAUCAUCAUCAGCAACAGUGACGGGGCCAAGAAGACGCUGCGGAUGAUGGAGCAGCUGACGGAUCACCACUAUGAAAUUCUCACUGUUCCCGAGGAAUCAGCAGCAAACUGCAUCUACAUCAAAGGUCCGUCCAAAAUGGACUUCCUGCUCCACCGGCCCGCGGAGGAAUGUCCUGACAGCGUCUCUGCCUUCCAGAAGCUACAGGAUUACACCCUCCUGCCAACGGCCUGCAGCGAGGCCGCCAAACUGGGAGCGUCCCUGUCCUCGUUCUGCCUGCUCAUCAACAGAAAGCACACGUAUUUCUGAAGACGCACUUCUAUCAGUACGUCAGUGUUUUACCUGCACGUUUUUUGGCGGGGUGAAGGGUGACCACAUCGCAGAAACACUUUCCGCAGAUUAAGAUUCUUAUAUAUUUAUUUCUAGGGGAAUUCACUGACUCACAUCUUCUGUAUGAGAAUAUGAUCCAACAGUAACAUCUGCUAACUGGCUCAGUGUCGCUGAUUAUUGGUAACGCUGCCCCCCCUGCUGAACGAACAGCUCAGCACAUAACUUUGGGGAGUGUAAUGCACUCACUUGAGAAACAGUUCUGCAGUUUUACUGAUCGAUCAGUUACUUUUGAUUGAGAAAAUGGAGGGCAGUUUGUUUCUCCUCCCUAAAACAGUUCUCUGUGUGAAAAUCUUUUCUUUCCUCAUUCGAAUACAUUACACCUUAAUAUCCAUGAAACCACUGCAUUUAACUGUAGUUUCUCACUGUUUUAACUUGACUUUUCCAGUUUUUGCAGAUGACCACUGAGCUAACAGAUCACAUUUACCGAAAGAUGACAUUUGAACCAUGUUUGGGACUUUUUAAAAAUAACACAUUAAAGGAAUACUUCACCCGCAGAAUGACCAUUUUUCUAUCAGUCACCUGUUUCUCACAUGCCUCCACAGUAAACUGAGAAUCCCAAAAGAUCUAUUUUCAUCAAUCAACGUAAAUAGGGGCCACAUUUAACAGUGCAAAACUAUUAUAAAACAUGCAUUUACAAACUCACAACUCAUGCACUAUAAUGAAGUCUCAUGCUUAGCAACACGUGCAUUUUCACUAAAACUAAAAUUUGAAACUCAGUGUGAAGUCCUAAUGCACGGCCGAGGAGCAUACCUUGGCAUGCCUAUAUCUUUGAAUGCUACUCAGCGACUUAAGUUUUUGAAAUACUACAGUUUUAGAGAAAAUGCACGAGUUUGGAACAACUGAGCAAACAACUAGAUAAAUGAGAGUUGGAUUAAACUGCACGAGUUCUGUAUACAGAUGCUUUGAUAGUUUUGCUGCUGUUAAACAACUCCAGCAGAAUUAUUGCCUUUAUCGGGUUUCCUUGGGGGCGUGUCAGUAAAAGUGGUUAUUUUGGGGGUCAAGUAUUCCUUGAUUAUUUUACAUAACUGUAUCAACUCAAGUAUAAAAUAGUUCAAAUAUCAAUCUUUCUCCACAGACUCCACAUUACAGUCUACAAUUGACACUUUUGAACAUAACUGCUUACCAUCUCAUGCCUUUUAGGGGAAAGUGAAUUCAGUGCAUUUUGAGACCUGCAGAUAUCCUGUGGUACCCAAAUUCAUGUCUGCAGGUUUGUCUCUUUUGUCCGUAACGGUUUGGUAUCUGUUUCAUUACUCUUAAAGCAUUAGUCGUUUUACUGACUGUCUCAAUUACAGGACGUGUAGCUGCUAAGAAUAGAAAUGCAGAAUUUUUAAAAUA